UGCUGGUGGGAUCUUGCUGUGCACAUUUCCCACAUUGCAAAAGUGACUGCAGUUCAAGAGACAUCCUCACUGGCUGUGAGCUGCAUUGGGACAUCCUGAGAUGGCCUCAGAACGGUCAAUGCCCUCCUUCGGUUCACUUCCCCCCGGGCUCUACAAUGUCCCAUUUACCGUCCUGUCUGUCUCCCUGCCAGGUCGUCAGGCAGCUGCCAUGCUGAACAAAGAACAGACCCAGGAGCUCCUGGGGUUUCUGACACUCGACACACGGGUGGACGUUAAAGGCCAGGCCACCGAGUGCGUGCUGGGCCUGACUGGCAGCAGGGACGGCCGCAGCUUCCUGGGCCAGAGCGUGGACAUGCUGCGGGCUUUGCUGGCACUGACCAAGGACCCCUCUCGGGCCGUGGCGAAGGACUGUUACUACGCCCUGGUGAACCUGUCCGCUGACGUGACGAUACACCAGGCCCUGCUGCGGGGUGUCCGCCUCGUGCCUGCGCUUCUGGCCAACCUCUUGGACCCUGAGUACGACUUCUCGGACCAGAUAUGCUCCGUCCUGUCCAACCUCUCACGGGAGGAGGGUACCUGUGUUGACGUAUUCCGCGCCAUUCAGGACGAGGGCCCGGGCUUGGCAAAGAUUGUGGACAUCUUCUGCACAGACAGUUAUAACAAAAAGGUGGAACUCCACUAUCUGGGGCCUCUGCUGUCCAACUUGACCCAGUUACCAGAAGCCAGGAAGUUCAUGCUGGAUAAGGACAGGUGUGUUGUUCAGCGGCUUCUCCCUUACACACAGUACGAGGAUUCCAGUGUGCGGAGAGGAGGUGUUGUGGGCACGCUCCGCAAUUGCUGCUUUGAUCAUUCAUAUCACGAGUGGUUGCUUGGCAGCGAAGUUGACAUCCUCCCAUUCCUGCUGCUGCCAUUGGCUGGUCCUGAGGAGUUGAGCGAGGAUGAAAUGGAAGGGCUGCCUGUGGAUCUCCAGUAUCUCCCUGAGGACAAGCAGCGUGAGAAGGACCCAGAUAUCCGCAAAAUGCUUCUUGAGGCCAUCAACCUACUCACUGCAACAAGGAAUGGGCGUAAGAUGGUGAAGGAGAAGAAUGCCUACGUGAUCCUGCGAGAGUUCCACAAGUGGGAGAAGGAGCCGGAUGUCAGUGCUGCCUGCGAGAAGCUGAUUGAGGUGCUGAUCUCUGAUGAGCCUGAGGCCGGAAUGGAGAACCUGCUGGAGGUGGAGAUUCCCGAGGAGAUGCAAGGGAAGCUGAAGAUGCAGGAUGAGGAAGAACAGCAACGGAUUGCAAAGGAAAAAGAAGAAUUGUUGAAGAACAGGGCGGGGGAGAGAGAACGCGGGUGCAGAGCGCGAAGGGAAAGCCCAGAGGGACUAGAGAGGUGAUGUAGUGGCCGGGUCCAAGUGUCUACCAUUUACAGAGCCACAUCGGAAGAGCUCUGUGAUCUUUCAUUCGCUGUUUUGUAAGUGGUUUUGCAAAGCGACAUGGUCACUCACGGUGUUGUGCGGGAUCACACCAGUCCUUCUCCAAUCUUCCCAAUGUGAAUGAAUUGGCAGAGAGUAGCAGCCCUACUCUCUCUCUUCCUCUCUUCCCCCCCCCUCCCAAUAGGGAAUUCCCUAUCAGAUCACCUCCGGCACCUCUUCAACACUGAUCCAGGAUUGGGAGGACUCACCCUUUGGUCCCUUCCCUUGGGAGUACAGUAUGUUUGCGUGUGUGUGUGUGUGUGUGGAAAUUUUGGAAGGGAAAGAAGGGAAUUUAUUCAACGAAGGGAGAUAUCUGGGUAUGGAGGCUUGUCCCCAGUUCAUUCCAAGAACAAUCCCAUUUGUCUCCCAAUCCUCAUGGCUCUCAUGGAUGGAGUCACCUCGCCUCCACCUCUGUCCUAGUCCCAGCCCAGAACCCUGAGCCUGUGUACCUGGGGACCUGCGAGCUGCCUGGAGUGCCCUCUAACUACAAUGCUGUGUGUCUCCAGUGCCACACACAUCCCCGCACUAUCCUGUGAGUAUACCAGUCUAAACUCUUCGAAGAGGUGGCAAUGGGCUUUGCUCUCCCUCCCACCCAUCCCAUUCUCGUUCCAAUUCUUUGUCAGCUCUGGCUCAGUGUGUAGCUAAGUCAGAGGAUGUGUUCAAAACUCACUCCAGAGAGUUGAGCACAUAAUCUAGGCUGUUGCUGCCUGUGUAGUACUGAGGGAAUUCUGCACCGUCAGCAGUGCAUCUUUUGAUUUAAACAUGUCCUCUCAGGUGGAUGUAAAAUAUCUCCAUGGCAUGAUCUGAAGAAGAGCAGGAGAGUUCUCCCCCAGUGUCCUGACCGACAUUUAUCCCUCAAUCAAUAUCACAAAGAGCAGCUUGUUUGGUCGUUGCUGUUUGUGGGAUCUUACUAUGAAAAUUGGUUGUCAGGCUUCUUUGUUCCAACAAUGACCACAUUUCAAAAAAAAUAUUUAACUGGCUGCAAAGUGCUUCGGGAUCUCCUGAGGUCAUGAAAGAUGCCACAGGAAUGUAAGCUUGUUUUUCUGUUGUAUUUUAAGCAGUCUGUCUCUUCCCUUUAACUGACAGGUGACACACAGACUGGCAGCACGUGGGUGCGUGAGAUUGGUUUAACCGAUUUGAUCACAGCUGUGCUGCCAGUAACAGUGUAAAACCCUUUCUCCCUGCACCCACCCCCCCAACACCAAGCCCAGUAAAGAAUGAAGGAUGUGAGGGGUGAGGAACAUGGCUCCUGUGUAUGAGCACUUCCUAGUGUCUUUACUGAGAAACACAUGAGCAAAAUUUGCUCCUCCAACAAUGGCUGGUGAUUAACUCUCUCUCUCCCUACCCCUUCCCCACUCCAGCCGCCCAAAUAAAACGGAAAGACAUGGUUUUAAGUUUGACAUCUGUAGCUGAUUAAAGGAUUUGCUGUUUGUAUCUGUUUCAAACUCUUCAGAAACAUCAUGGGAACGGCAGACCCUACCACCUAACAUGCCCAUGAUAAGACGGGCAGAACAGACCCUACCACCUAACAUGCCCAUGAUUAAGAUGGGCAGAAAAUGGUGACCACUUUGCCAGUUGUAGUGCCUUAAGAGUUCAGUUUAUUUUGUGUACAAACAGCUGUGUUUGCACACACAGGCUGACACCUCAUUAACCUGCCCUGAAUGAAAAGUAGAUGAAAGCCUAAACAAUGAAAGCACCUGCUUCAUAUUUGGUUACAUGAGAAAUAGGAGCCACACUAGGCCAUUCAGCACCCUCAAGCCUGCUGCGCAGUUCAAUAGGAUCAUGGCUGAUCUGACGUGGCUUGAGCUCCAUUUUCCAGUCUGCCCUCUAUAACCCUCGACUCCCUUGUCAAUUAAAAAUCUGUCUAACUCUGCCUUGAAUCUAUCCUUUGACCCACCCUCCACUGCUUUCUGGGGAAGAGAGUUCCACAGACUAACAACCCUCUGAGGGAUAAAAUUCCUCUCAUCCCGGUCUGAAAGGGGAAACCCUUAAUUUUUAAACUGUGCCCCAUAAUUCUAGAUUCCCCAACAAGGGGGAGCAUCCCCUCAGCAUCUAGUCCCCUCAAGAUCCUGGGCAGUACAAUCUCUCCUGAACCUUCAGGGGACAGGGCUGGGCAGAAAGCACCUUAACCUACUACAAGAAAUGUUUCGUAUUUGUAUCACUCCUCCUUGACUCCAUCGUAAAUGGGAGACUCUUUAUUUUUAAACUGUUCCCCCUAUUACUAGGCUUCCCCACGAGGGGAAAGAACCUCCCAGCAUCGACCCUGUCACGCCCCCUCAGAAUCUUGUUACAACAACAGCGCCUCUCAUUCCUCUCAACUCUAGGUCCAACUUGCUCAACUUUUCCUCAUAAGACAACCCCUUCAUCCCAGGAAUCAGCCAAGUGAACCUUCUCUGAACUGCUUCCAAUCCCGGUAUAUCCCUCAUUAAGUAACCUUCCCUCCUGAAUAUCCUUCCUUAAGUUACCUCUUGUGUGCUCAAACCUUUAUCCCCUAUAAGUGGUCACAGUGUAUGCUAAUCACUGACUGCAGUUUAAAUAAAGCUAUUUGCCGUCCUGUCAA